UCUCUCUUUCCUCUCAUCGAUCGCCAUCGCGGUGUAACUCGGUGUGCAAUCCGCCGAAAUCGUUGAGAAAAUCGAUACAUCAUGUCUGAAGGAUUGACUCUGAAAGGAACAUUAAAGGGGCAUAAUGGCUGGGUAACACAAAUUGCCACCAAUCCUCAAAGUCCAGACAAGAUUUUGUCCGGUUCUCGAGAUAAAUCUCUUAUUGUCUGGGAUCUGACCCGUGAAGAAACCAACUAUGGUGUGGCUUCAAAAUCCCUAAAAGGUCACAAUCACUUUAUUUCUGAUGUGGUUAUGUCAUCUGAUGGCCAGUUUGCACUUUCUGGCUCUUGGGACAAGACACUCAGAUUAUGGGAUCUUAAUUUCGGUACCACAACCCGCCAAUUUGUUGGUCACACCAAAGAUGUUCUGAGUGUUGCAUUUUCUGCUGACAAUCGUCAGAUUGUCUCUGGAUCACGAGAUAAUACCAUCAAGUUGUGGAACACCCUGGGGCAAUGCAAGUAUACUAUUCAGGACGAGGGACAUACUGAAUGGGUCUCCUGUGUACGGUUUUCACCAAACUCAAGUAAUCCAAUCAUUGUGUCUGCUGGCUGGGACAAAAUUGUCAAGGUUUGGAACCUGACAAAUUGUCGUCUGAAGACCAACCACUUUGGACACACAGGGUAUCUGAACUGUGUGACUGUGUCGCCAGAUGGUUCUUUGUGUGCUUCUGGUGGAAAGGAUGGUAUGGCCAUGCUGUGGGACUUGAACGAAGGAAAACACUUGUACACCCUUGAUGGAGGUGAUAUCCUGAAUGCCUUGUGUUUCAGUCCAAACAGAUACUGGCUGUGUGCCGCAGUAGGACCUAGCAUCAAGGUUUGGGAUCUGGAGGCCAAGUCAAUCGUGGAUGAGCUGCGACCAGAUGUGAUCAACAUGGGAGGCAAAGCACCACCAGCUCAGUGUAUUUCCCUCGCCUGGUCCGCUGAUGGCCAGACUUUGUUUGCAGGUUACACGGACAACUUGAUCCGUGUGUGGCAAGUCACUCGUGUUUCAUAAGCCAUGUUUCAUAGCAGAGGAAUUUUACAAUUGUAAAAAUAAAGUCAUCUUGUAACCCUG